CUGCGCGCUCGGAGCCAUGCACAGCCGCGGCGCUUAGCAGUCCGAGCCUGCGGCGAGCCUCGCUCACCUCCGCUCCUGCCUCCUGGCCCGGCAGCUUCGUUCUGUCUAUCAGAUCCCGCGCGCUGUGCGCACUUAUGGCGCUAGCUCCUGGACCUCGGGCGGUCGCGCUCCGGACCCUGGCUACCUUGCUACUCCUGCUGCUCCUGCCCCCGCCGCCUCUGGGUCUUUUCCCUGGCAGCGCCGCGGGGCUGGAUUACCCCUGGGACACUGCCUUCGAUUACUCAGCGCUGGAAGAAGGGGACGGUGCCCAGGAACCUCUAGAUUAUCACGAUCCUUGCAAAGCUGCUGUCUUUUGGGGAGAUAUUGCACUAGAUGAAGAUGACCUGAAGCUAUUUCAUGUCGAUAAAACUAUCAAUUCAUCCAAACCUUCGAUAGAGAGAACUGGACAUACCACAGGUGGCCUUGGAGAACAACCUCAUGAAAUUGAGCCAAAUGCCACAGCCUCCAGUCAUAGUACCAAGAAAGUUAAAAAGGGUGGCAGGCAGAACUCCACGCUUCCAUGGAGACCGAAGAAAAAGGGCCCAAAGCCUUCUCCCGCUGGACCUGUAGAGUCUUCACCCCGAGUCCGAAGGGCCACAACAUCAAGGGCUGAGAGGAUCUGGCCUGGAGGGGUGAUCCCCUAUGUCAUUGGAGGAAAUUUCACAGGGAGCCAACGGGCCAUCUUUAAGCAGGCCAUGAGACACUGGGAAAAACACACCUGUGUAACCUUUAUAGAGAGAACAGAUGAGGAAAGUUUCAUUGUGUUCAGUUACAGAACAUGUGGAUGUUGUUCCUAUGUUGGCCGCCGAGGUGGGGGCCCCCAGGCUAUAUCCAUUGGGAAGAAUUGUGAUAAGUUUGGUAUCGUGGCUCAUGAACUUGGCCACGUGGUUGGUUUCUGGCACGAACACACUCGGCCCGACAGAGACCAGCAUGUAACUAUCAUCAGAGAAAAUAUCCAACAAGGUCAGGAGUACAACUUCCUAAAAAUGGAAGCUGGGGAGGUGAAUUCGCUGGGAGAGACGUACGACUUUGACAGUAUCAUGCACUAUGCCCGGAACACGUUCUCAAGAGGAGUUUUCUUAGACACAAUUCUGCCCCGCCGAGAUGACAAUGGUGUGCGACCAACCAUUGGCCAACGUGUUCGACUCAGCCAGGGAGACAUAGCCCAAGCCAGGAAGCUGUACAAGUGCCCAGCCUGUGGAGAGACACUGCAGGACACAACAGGAAACUUUUCUGCCCCUGGUUUCCCAAAUGGUUAUCCUUCCUAUUCCCACUGUGUCUGGAGGAUAUCUGUUACUCCUGGGGAAAAGAUUAUUCUGAAUUUCACGUCUAUGGACUUGUUUAAAAGCCGCCUGUGCUGGUAUGAUUAUGUAGAGGUCCGAGAUGGUUACUGGAGGAAGGCCCCUCUCUUGGGUAGAUUUUGUGGUGACAAAGUGCCAGAACCCGUCAUCUCCACAGACAGUCGCCUUUGGGUCGAGUUCCGAAGCAGCAGCAACAUCCUGGGCAAGGGUUUCUUUGCUGUUUAUGAAGCUAUAUGUGGGGGAGAAAUUCACAAAGAUGUUGGCCAAAUCCAGUCUCCCAAUUAUCCAGAUGACUACAGGCCUUCCAAGGAAUGUGUUUGGAAGAUCACUGUUUCUGAGGGGUUUCAUGUGGGACUGACUUUCCAGGCAUUUGAGAUUGAACGACAUGACAGCUGUGCCUAUGACUACCUGGAAAUCCGGGAUGGCGCCACUGAAGACAGUGCUUUGAUCGGUCACUUCUGUGGCUAUGAGAAACCAGAUGAUAUCAAAUCCAGCUCCAACAAAAUGUGGAUGAAGUUUGUAUCGGAUGGCUCCAUCAAUAAAGCAGGGUUUGCUGCCAAUUUUUUUAAGGAAGUCGAUGAAUGUUCCUGGCCAGACAGGAAUGGCUGUGAACAGCGCUGUGUGAACACACUGGGCAGCUACAAGUGUGCUUGUGAUCCUGGCUAUGAACUGACAGCUGAUAAGAAGACCUGUGAAGUGGCCUGUGGUGGCUUUAUGACUAAGCUUAAUGGGACCAUUACCAGCCCUGGAUGGCCUAAGGAAUACCCCACAAACAAAAACUGUGUGUGGCAGGUGGUGGCUCCAGCCCAGUACAGGAUCUCCCUGCAGUUUGAAGUGUUUGAACUGGAAGGCAAUGAUGUUUGUAAAUAUGAUUAUGUGGAGAUCCGAAGUGGAUUGUCCUCUGAGUCCAAGCUUCAUGGAAAGUUUUGUGGCUCCGAGAAGCCAGAGGUGAUUACCUCCCAAAGCAACAACAUGAGAGUAGAGUUCAGAUCGGACAACACUGUUUCUAAACGUGGCUUCAAAGCCCACUUCUUCUCAGACAAGGAUGAAUGCUCCAAAGACAAUGGUGGGUGUCAACAUGAAUGCAUCAACACAUUUGGAAGCUAUGUUUGUCAGUGUAGAAAUGGAUUUGUGCUACAUGAAAAUGGUCAUGACUGUAAAGAAGCUGGCUGUGAGCACAAGAUCAACAGUGCAGAAGGAACAAUGGCAAGUCCAAACUGGCCUGAUAAGUAUCCCAGCCGAAAAGAGUGUACCUGGAAUAUUUCCUCCACUCCUGGUCAUCGGGUAAAAAUUACUUUUAAUGAAUUGGAGAUUGAGCAACAGCAGGAAUGUGCUUAUGAUCACCUGGAGAUAUAUGAUGGACCCAACAGCAAGUCCCCGAUCCUCGGCCGUUUCUGUGGCAGCAAGAAGCCGGAUCCUGUGGUGGCUUCCACAAACAGCAUGUUUCUCAGGUUCUAUUCUGAUGCAUCAGUGCAAAGGAAAGGUUUCCAAGCAAGGCAUAGCACAGAGUGUGGUGGCCGGCUUAAGGCAGAAGUCCAGACCAAAGACCUCUAUUCCCAUGCCCAGUUUGGUGACAACAAUUAUUCUGGGCAGUCUCAUUGUGACUGGGUGAUUGCAGCAGAGGAUGGCUAUGGUGUGGAAUUAAUAUUCCAGACGUUUGAAGUAGAAGAGGAAGCAGAUUGUGGGUACGACUACAUGGAGGCCUUUGAUGGCUACGACACCACAGCCCCCCGGCUGGGAAGGUUUUGUGGCUCUGGGCCUUUAGAAGAGAUCUACUCUGCAGGAGACUCGCUGAUGAUCCGCUUUCACACUGAUGAUACCAUCAACAAGAAAGGCUUUCAUGCCCGGUAUACAAGCACCAAAUUUCAAGAUGCACUACACAUGAGGAAGUAGUACAUCACCAUCCUCGAUACCAACUCCCAACUGAGUUUAAUUUUCCCCAACAGCUGUACUCUGUUAAUUUGACCCAAAACAGUGUACAGUGUUUUCCUCCAACCAAAACUCAAAAUGUCCAGCCUUUCUUUGAACAGAAUGAACAUGAUACUCUCUUUUGCUGACAUUUCAAGGACCAAUAAUGUCCUUUACUUGUUGCAGAGAUGUUUUUGAUCAUUGAUCCAAAGGGGUUGUUGGAUUAUUUUUCAACAAGGUCAACAAGGUUUCAGUUGAAAAGUGACACCAGUGCAUACACUACUUCCCUCACUCUGUGGGUGGAAGGAUGAUGAAUGGAUGGGUGGGUGGUUAGUUAGGUGGGCUGGCACCUGAGAUUGUCCCUCCCUUUUAGAAAGAGUUGGACCAGAUGGGAGACAAUGUGGCCAUGUUGGACCUCUUGCCCUGGUCAGCUGAGUCUAGAUCAUUCAAUAAGUGACAAGCUUGAUAGUUGUUGAUUUAGAUACACUGUGCAUUAAUUUAUUUCCCAACAGCACAUCACUCUCUUGCUUGUAGGGAGUCUAAAAGCUUGUUGCCAGAGCAUAUUGGACCACAGGAAUAUAGAAUCUUAGAGCUGGAAGAGACCCUAGAGGUCUUCUAGUCCUACACCUUCAUUUUACAGAUAAGGAAACUAAGGCCCAGAGAGAAAAAGGGACUUGUCCAAGGUCACAUGUCUAGUUAGGAGCAAAACUGGGUCUCUAACUCAGGUCUCCUACCUCCCAGUCUUUCCACUCCACCACACUGUCUCCCAGAAACCUGUGGUGCGCCAUAGGCUAGAAUGCCCAAACCAGGAAAUCCCUUGCAUUUCUGAGUACGAGCAGGGAAAUCAUGGAUCCAAGGGUACUGGGAUGGAGCUGUUAUACAUAAU